UGCUAGUCCCAAAAUUAUUACUUGCCUUGUUACGGUAGGUUUCAGAUUCAUCCCUCGUCACCCAAUGACCUCUCUCUCCAAUCCAGUGGCUGCUCUUCUUAACAGAGUGACCCCUUUCCCUGCCCAGUCACUCCCGUCUCGUCACCUCAGUACCCCAGUCCUCAUUCCGGUAACCUCAGGGACCCUUCCUCCACUCCAGUGACACCGCUCCGCCCUCCCCACUUCCGUGACCCUCUCUCCCACCACCCCCCUGCCCAUCUGGAAAGCGCCUGCACAAGUUCCGGCUUGUCUGCGCUGCCUCCCACAGUCAAUCAGCCUGUGAGGCAGUCCGGACUUGGAUCCAAGACAGAAGGAGACACUGUCUUCAGGAGAGAAUAUAUGAGAGUGAAUGUUUGUUCCGUGGCAGUCCCGGUGUUGUGUGAUCACCCCCAGGGUUAGGGGGGCAUGGACCCCCGACUCCGGGCAGUGAGGGCGAGCAGACGGUGUGAGAGUCAGGGGCCGGCCGCUCGGCCGCUCGACUUCAGCCUGUUGCUGGGGCGCUGCCUCCGCCUCGGGGAGACCGCAGUGGACAAGGGGCCGCUGUCCGCAACGCUGACCACUCGGAGGGGCUGGAGGGGCAGUGUACGGUGCGUCCGGGCCUCUACCCCCGCUGGGGCACGCAGCCUGCCCCAGGAGCCGGGCGAUGUGCGGGGCAAAGCUGCUGCUAACUCCCCGACCCCCUCCGGACAGCCGGGCCCGAGGCGAGUGCAAACGAUCACAGUGGAUCUCCGGGCCGCUUUAGCCCGAGUCCGUGAGCCGCCGGAGGCUGCUGAGGAGAUCGGGGAUCCACCCAGUGAGGGAGAUACCGCAGCCCCAGGGCCCCCAACCCCUGAGGCAUGUCCCCCACCCCCAAGUCCCCAAGCACAUAAGGCAGGGCCCCCACCCCCUGAGGAAUGUCCCCCACCCCGUCAGGCAGGACCCCCACCACCUAAGGCGGGUCCCCCACCCCCCAAAGCAGAUCCCUCUGAAAGUGAUCCGCCUAAGGGAGAUCCCUCACCCGGAUCCACCCUGACCGUGGAUAAGCCCAAGCGGCAGAGACGGGUGGAGCCCAGGGCCGGCCCGGCCAGGAGAGACGGCCUGUGGAAAAUGAAGGUGUCCCUGCCCGCCUUGAAGGCCCCUGGCCAGAGGGUGGCCGCUCCUCUCCGCCUCCCGCAGGGGACUCCACACGGCGCCGGUGCCACGGCUGACCACCGCGUGCCCCCGGCGGACAAGCCCUUCGUCUCGUUUCCGAAGCUCCUCCGGACAAGCAGCGGCUGGAGCUCGCCGACAGAGAGGAGAUCGCCAGACCGGCAAACAAAGAGAACGGACCCAAGCUUUGUCAAUUCUGUUGAGGAAUCUGCCAUUCCAUUUCAUCAGCUACUGCAUCUAAUGAGGAAAAGGACAUCCAGUGUGAACCAUGUGCUGAUUACAGAGGUAUUGAAGUGUCUGAGAGAGGAUCUAUGGUCAGUGCCCGAAGAACAAGAACACAGCCACCUGAAUUAUCUUCAUGCUCAACACUUCAGACGAGGUGUUCCUUUCCAAAGGACCGAGAACAGAACCGAGGUCAAGUCAAAAUGCACAUGGCAGGCGCGUGAUCAAUUCGGAAACAACUUGCCUGUCAGGAUUAGCUUGUUCACAGAUAGGUCACUGUAACAACAGCAGACUGUGUGUGAUGGUCAGGUAGUGGAAGAGAAAUCACCAAUUUAUCAGUGAAAUAAAUACUCACAGCUUAUGUUGAAACUGUAGACUGGGGCUCCCUCUGGUGGAGCAAUGGGUUCUUUCACCGUCCACUAUGGAACAGAACUCAAUGUGAGAUUGUGCUUCCGUGACUCUCAGACAGCUUUUCACCGAACAUCGCACCAGGAGUUCUAGUGCAUUUGAAGUCACUGGGUAUAGGGCAAAAUGUCUGCUCUGACUGGACUCAUACCUAGCAGAAAGGAAGAUGGUUCAACUUGUUGGAUAUCAAUCAGCUCAGCCCCAGGACAUUGUUGCAGGAGUUUUUACGAUAGUAUUCUGGACCCAAAACCUUCAGCUGCUUCAUUAAUGAUCUUCCCUCCAACCUGGAGUUGUAAGUGUGAAACGUCGCUGAUUACUGCACAGUCUUCAGUUCUAUUCCUAACUCUUUAAAUACUGAAGUAGCAUGUGCCUGCUUACAACAACACCUGCACAAACUAUUGGCAUUAGUCUGAAAAAUGGCAAGUGACAUCUGCAUCACACAACCAUCAUGUAAUGACUGUCAACAGAUUACAGCAGCUUCCUCUUAACAAGUCAACAACAUUACCAUUGUCAGAUUGGCCAUCAUUAACAGUCUUAAUCAGAAACACAACUGGACCAACUACAGACAUACUGUGGCUACAGGGAUAUCUCAGAGGCUGGGAAUGUGUGUUUUCCAACUACAAGAGUAGGGGUCAGGGAAUCAUUUGGGUUCUGAAUAAACUUGUCAAUCAUUGCUUAAAA